AUGAGCUAUGCGAAGGAAGGCAUUAUUCUCUUACCGUGAUAUAAUGUAUGUAGAGACAAAGACACUGAUUAAAAUGUGUGAGCGGUGUUAACAGAGUUAACAGAACAUAGUCUGAGAGUGGGAAACGCUUAUCCAUUUUGAAAUAUGAAGAGACCUUUUGAGUUGCUUGUAAAGGAACGUUCUGCUUCGGGAUGUGAUGAAUCGGCACAAAGAACUUUUAAAGAUCUGGUGUGGUGCAAGAGCUGAGGGAUGAUAUCUCAUAGCAAAGGGUUCUACGGCUCAGCUGUCUUUAGAAAGUUUCCUGUCAUCGCCCCCUAGUGUGUGAUCUGAAGAAGUGUCCUGCAAUGGAGAAUAGCAUCGAGCCAGGCAUGAACUGGGAGAUCGUGACCCACUACAACCACUCAGGCAAGUGGAUCCGGCCGCGCAGCGUGGGGAUCUGCAAGAUGGCCGUCCUGAUCCUGAUCUGCGCUCUGAUCGUCUUGGAGAACGUGACGGUGCUGCUGGCGCUGUGGCGCAACAAGCGCUUUCACAGCCGCAUGUACUUCCUCAUCGGCAACCUGGCACUGUCCGAUAUGCUGGCAGGCGUGGCGUACGCCGUCAACAUCUUCACCUCCGGCCGCAACACCUUUUUCCUGAAGCCCUGGCAGUGGCUGGCGCGGGAGGGCAGCAUGUUCGUGGCCCUGAGCGCUUCCACCUUCAGCCUGCUGGCCAUUGGCAUCGAGCGGCACAUGACCAUGGUGCGCCUGCGUCCGUGCGAGGCGGCUGGCCGCGGCCGUCUCCUGGGCCUGCUGGGCGCCUGCUGGCUGGUGUCGGUGCUGCUGAGCGCCUUGCCCAGCCUGGGCUGGAACUGCCGUGGGCAGCUGGGCGCCUGCUCCACCGUCCUGCCGCUCUACGCCAAGAGCUACGUGGCCUUCUGCAUCAGCGUCUUCAGUGCGCUGCUGCUGGCUAUCGUCAUCCUCUACAUCCGCAUCUACAGGCUGGUGACGUCCAGCGGGCGACGGGUGAGCGGACGGCCGUCGGAGCGGGCGCUGGCGCUCUUGCGGACGGUGGUGAUCGUGCUGGGCGUGUUCGUAGUGUGCUGGACGCCGCUCUUCUCGCUGCUGCUGGUGGACGUGGGCUGCUCGCCGCAGCGCUGCCCGCUCCUCUACGAGGUGGACUGGUUCAUCGCGCUGGCCGUGCUCAACUCGGCACUCAACCCGCUCAUCUACACACUGUCCAGCCGCGAGAUGCGCGCCGCCUUCUUCCGCCUGAUCUGCUGUUGCGGCUGCCAGUCUUCGCUAGAGCCGCCGCCGCCCACCGUGCCUGGUCUCAACAUCCCCGGCACACCCAUCCCCACCAUGGAGAACAGCAAGUCCAGCAUCGGGCCGGCCAAAUCAACGCUCCUCAGAGGCAAGGUCCCUACGCCCCAGAACUCGCACCAUCAGCCCCCAGACCCUCCACCCUCUGGUACUCCUGCGCGCACCGGCAAGGGUGACCUUCUCUCAGUGGUCCUUGUCAAAGCUGGCGCCUUGCCCUCUCUGGGAAAAUUAUGACUCCAAGGUCAGCAUACUUUCACUGUUAUGUGACUUGUUAUGGUACCUGUGAUUCCACAGCGUUUGGUGGGACCGAGGAUGCGGAGGACAGUCGGGGGGGGGGGGGGGGUCUUGAUCCUGUGGAGAUGUUGAUUUGACUCAUGGAGGUGUGGAUGAUUCUGCAACUUAGACGCCAUGGAAGGUCAGUGCUGUCUUUCUACCAGAGACAAGAGAUGCAGCAGGACUUGUGAUGCUCAUUCAUAAUAAGGGCUCAAGAGUCAUAAGAACUGGUUGGGGUCAGGGGUACUGUUCUGAAGGGCUCGGAAGGGUACAGACUUGAACUCAGCUCAACUCAGUAUGUAGCCACUACGUUUGUGCAUUUACCAGCAUUGGAACGGAGGAACUAAUUCACAGCACUAGACUAUAUAAGAACUGAACUGUUUUCAGAAGGAAGGAGUUCUGGAAUUCAUUGCAUCGCCAAAAUAUAUCU